AUGUCUAAAGUGUUGGACUCGAAGACGAAAGUGUUUGCGGCUGAGGAGGAAGAGGAGGUGGAGCUGACGGACCCACAGGUCGUACUUCGCGAGGAAUGCAAUCAAAAGCAUUGCCAGGGAUUCGACCAAAAGAUGAAGGAAUGCAACGAUCGAGUGAACAGUCGCUCGAAGACAUCGGAGACCUGUAUGGAAGAGCUGAUCGAUUGGAUGCAUUGCGUCGAUCACUGCGUUUCUAAGACAUUGUUCGCGAAACUCAAAUGA